AUGGGUCGCAAUGGACCAUCGCCCUCGGCCAAGCUCAAGUCUUCCAGAAGACCACCAUCCAGGUUUCGCAAUCCCACGGCUGGUGCGGAAGGUGCAGUGGGAGCAGCACAGCCUUCGGCCAAGACGACAUCUGCCACCUGGAAUAGACCUCAGGCUAGCACCGGCUGGGGAGAGGCCUGGAUGUGGAACGAGCGAGAUGCAGACUGGGGUGGUGGAUGGAGCACUACAACACAGGCGACAGCAGGAUGGUGGACGGGACAGUGGCAAAAUCAGUGGGACGGGCAGCAAUGGACUUGCCGGGUGCCGCCACCACCUCCACCACCGGCAAAAAUACGCAGUGUUACCUCGCCAGAACGCGAGGCAGGUCAGCAGGAGCAGACGGAAAGCAAGCUUGCGACACCAGGAUCCAGCCAGGAUCAGGCCAUGCCCGUGCUGCAUUCCACCUCCACUGGCUCUGCAGCCACCGGCUCCGUAACCCCUGGGAGCACACUACACACCGUCAAGGAAGAGCUUCCCAACUCUGACGACGAAUCGGGUGAGUCAACAGGAGGCACUGACCCAGGGGCCGCUGCUCAACCUCCUAUCACUGCGUCUGGUCAGCACCAUGUCGGCCUGGACCAGUUGCCCCACUCCUCGACCUCAGCCAUGGAGACGGAAGAUGCGCGGGAGCCAUCUUGCCAUACCGGCACUCAGCCCUUGCGGCUAGUUGCCCUGGCACCACAAGCAACAGGGCACGCACCUUCGGCAACUACCUGCGCAGACAACUUCACUGACGAUGAGGUACGUCACCUUGAGCAACCAGGGCCACAGGGACUACUGCUACAGCAGCUGCCUCGACAGGUGAAAGAAGAACCCCUUGACUCCGAUACUCAAUCUUCCUCCUCCGAAGCGUCGCCCUCCAGAAUCGAUGAAGCAGGGCCAAAGCAGGUAGCUUCGCAGACGCAGGUGGCUGAGCCGAUGCCGCUCGUCUCCACCACCAUGGUUUCACCGUUGCAGACCGCCGCCAGCUCCGACACCUCCACGGAUGAGCACAUUGAAGAGACUACACCGCUGGCCCAUACCCGUCAAAGCAGCAGUGACAUUGAGGGAGUGGAUACGAGUCUUUGCCCCGUUGUUAGAACGACAUGGACCUCUGAUCUCUCGCCAACCUCUCCGGCUGAGACCACUGCGAUUCCUCAGGAGAAUGUGACCUACCAGCCGCCGCCUCCAGCUGAACCACAGGUCCGACGGUCUGUCAACAAGAUCCAGGGCUGGCAGACUACAGGCACCACUGAGACAUCGCCCUCGCCCUCCUCCGAUGUCACCAUUCUGGACGAGCCUGGAACAGCAGCCUCGUCCUCUGUAGAUGCUCAUCUGGCAACGACCACACGGGUCACUAAUAAGAUGCAGAGGGUGCACUCUCCGCAUUCCCAUAUGAAAAUCAGCUUGCUUUGCAAUUGUCUGAGCGCCCUCCUGCUACGACCCCAAUACUACUCUCCAAACCCGGUUCUGUCCAUGCCAGAUGAGACGCUAAUCCAAACAGCUCUCACCACGGAUUGGCUGGGACAGGACCAGAGCUCCAGAAAGACUGCACUCGCGCCCCUCUCAGCCUGUGCUGACUAUUCUUUGUGGGGUAAACUAACGCGCAGUCAUGCUUGGGCACGUUGGAAGCUCGUGGUAGGAACCCGUCGUGUCAAAGCCCUGCGGGACUCAGCAGCGGCUGUCACAUUGUCGGGGCCUGAGCCCCCACGUGCAGCAUCUGGAUGCAGUGGCCACCACCCCAGACAUUAUCAGUGCUCCAUGUCCACGUCAUGCUUCUCCCGCUUCCUCCGUGUGCUUAUCCUUGCCAGCUUUCAUCCAUACCUAGCACUCGGCACGUCUUCGCAUGCCUCUAAUCCUGCACGAGUGGCCGUAUCUGAGCCGAUACACAGCUCUACUGCUAAGCGCUCCUACAAACGAGCUGUGAAGCGAGCCAGCCGAUUUGGAGUUACCACUUAUCUGGGUCGCACCUUCACUGCAAAACAGUUGAGAACGCACUACCAGCCAGAUAACGCAGACCGAGGGUCUCCCUCCCCACAGGCAGAGACUGCCGCACAUGGCCUGCGCGUUCUGUACUGGAACGCUGGUGGGCUACAUGCUUCCAGGCAUGCAGAGCUCAAACACUGGCUACACAUCCAGGAUCAAUCCACUCGACCAGACCUAGUCGUCAUCACUGAAACACGCUGGCCCACCACAAUGGAAUACCCUGCCACAGACUGGCAGGCCAUCCAUACUGGGGCGGGCCAGUCACAAGGGGGGAUCCUUGUGCUCGUUCACAACUCUGUAUGUCCGGCUCACGACAUCAGAUACAACGAGCUAAAGCCGGGUCGAUUACUACAUGUUCGGAUCUCGCUGCAGAAGCGUCCUGCCCUUGAUGUCCUGGCCGUAUAUCAGCACGCUUGGAACCCCGAUGGUGGAGACGGUGACAGACAAGCACGCAUCACCAGAUUGCUAGCAAACCGGUCGGACAUCUGGGAACGGAUCUCUAAAUGGGCUCGCUCGGCGCAGCUGCCGUUACCAGUGGCACCUCGCAAAGCCGGCGAGAAACAGGGCAACUCACUUAAAGAGCUGACCACAAUCAUGGCGGAUGCAUGGGCAACUGCGCUUGAUCACCCUCAGAAGCUCCUGCAACGACUCUUGACCAGCCUGAGGAAGAAGCAACACCUUGAUGCGCUCAUUAUGGAGGCCAGGAACAGCAGCAGUCCCAUGACAGCCGUUCAUCAGAUCCUGAAGCGUUAUGCACCAAAGGUCAGACAGAAAAGGCUCCAGCUCCGCACCAGUCAAGGACACAUCCUCACGCCGCAAGAAGAAAUGCAGCAGAUUGUGGGACAUUUUAAGCAGGUCUACAAACAACCUGACCAUGCACCAUCGGGCAGGCCUGUUGAUCAGGCCGUUGUCUUUGAUCCACACAAUGUGCUCCUGGCGUUCAGCAAGUUGCCUAACAAGGCUCUUCCUUCACACUUCCUGCCUGCCCCGCUAUGGCGAGCCUCAGCUCACCUUGCGACGCAGGUGUUCCAGCAGACCCUUGUGGCAGCCUGUGACCGGGAGGAACUUUUUCUGCCCAAGGCCUGGCACGAAAUACAAGUGGCACUCAUCCCAAAACCGUCUAAGCCGGCGACCUCUGCCGACUCGCUAAGACCAAUUUCACUGCUUUCGCCGAUGGCCAAAGUCCUAGCAAAGCUAGUAGCGGAGGAGAUUCGGCCCAUAGUCUCGAAGGCCGCCACGCGCAUUCCACAAUUUGCAUACCUUGAAGGGCGACAAACCUGUGACGCUAUCGACAGGGCUUUUGGCCAUUGCAGAGAAAUCCGAGAACGUCGCCAAAACGCCACGGUCACCACCCGUGAGCGGAGGGCGGGCAAAACUGCCCAAAUCGUCUCGGGAGGCGUCACGCUCUCACUUGAUCUACGCAAAGCCUUCGACAGCAUCCCCUGGCGGUGUCUGCAGCAAUGCCUUGAGCACUUCCGGAUACCUGCCUCGACUAUCCAACUUAUUUUGUACCUACAUGAGAACGCCACGUACAUUUUUAAAACUCCCAGAGCGCAGGGCUCUGUGCUGGCGGGGCAAGGCAUCAGGCAGGGCUGCGGAUUAGCGCCCAUGCUCUGGACGCUAUACUCCCUUUAUCUUGCAUCCAAACUUGACACUGCUGCGCCCUCUGCACUUAAAACUUUCUUUGCGGACGAUUUUCUAGCGCAAUGGACGAUCGAGACCUGGUCAGACAUGAAAAGUGUCCCCACGCAAAUUUCAAAAAUAGUAGCAGUCUUAGAAGAUCAUGGUAUGCAACUUAGUCCGGGCAAGACAGUGGUACUUUACUCGCUUUGGGGUACGCAGGUACAUGCAUGCCUCAAGCCCAUGCUGUGUCAACAUGCCACUCUCGGCAAAUGCCUGCGAAUUGGGACUGCUAACCUCACGGGAAAGAGCUACCUCUUGCCGGUUGUCAUGUCCCAUGAGUACCUUGGCGUCAAACUUUCGUACAAAAACUUUGAGUGGCAAACCCUUAAGCACCGGCUACGCCAUUCCUGGAUUGCCUACAAUCGGUUAUCCGCCUUGCUGAAGUCUAAAGCCCUGCCAGUGCAUAAGCGAUUGCAGCUGCAUCAAUGCAUAUGUCUCGCCACCCUUCGAUAUGGGCUCUCCUGUACAGGCCUGACCAUGGCUGGUAGACAGAAAGUCUAUGGUACUGUCCUUCGACAAUGGCGAGCUUUGGCUAAUAACCUUCCUCACAUCACUGGGCUGUCUAAUGCGACCUUCUUGACAAACUUUCACCUGGCUGACCCCCUGGAUGGCUUGGACGCUAUUUUGAUCAAAAGGCUAGAUAAGGUAGAAUCAGGGCCUAUUGCACCACUACAGCCACCCGUCGUCAAACGAUGGUGGGAACACCUCCGUAAAAUCACCAAUGAUCCGACUGUUACGCAGACGACAAGCAAGGUGCCCCUCAGGCAUCAGGAUGCCAGACCCCCAGCUCCAUGUGAUGUCUGCGGCCUUUCCUUUCCCAAUGAGGCCACGUUACGUUGGCACAUCUCCAACGUGCAUGUCAAGCUGACUAAAGAGCAACAUCACGCGAAGGAGGACGAGGCUUUUCUGCAGGAAGCUCAGUCGGAUGAUUGGAAGCAACUUGCGCAGAAAAUCCGCGCCAUUGGGCGAUUGCACUACUGCCCCUUCUGCAACCUUUGGAUGGCCAAAACUGCCAUGUUGCAUCAACAUAUCAAGGCUCAGCAUGUGGAUGCAGCCGCUCACCUUGAUAAGUGUCAGCAUUUCCUGCUUACGCGAAAGGGUAUCAACUCCCCCUGCCAGCACUGCGGCACUCGGCACAACCGCGCGGCUGUGGGGUGCUCAGUACUGAUCCGAGUGAUGAUGGACGAGCUGACAAGAGGCGCCGCCGAAAUGGACCUGUGGAAGUCCAUGAUGAACAAGCCUGGGGAGGUGGGGCAAAAGCGGCAAGGCGACCGAGUGGAGGACCUCAGUCGCCAGAAAGGUCGACAGCGCGGAGAUCGGGGGAAAGGCAACCAGAGCUUCGCGAGGCAGGCCAAACAGGCCUCCGGACCUUCUUCGCUGGACAACGACGAGGACGAUCCCCUGAGAGAGGCCGUGAAGCUCAUCACGACCCUGUCCCUUCGCCACGAGGAUGCACUGGCCAUCCACCGUCAGGACACCAGCUACGUGUUCUUCAUGAAGACCAGUCCGCCGGAGCUGACGGUACUCAGCGAUCUCAUGCGAGUCGGAUCGGAAUGGAAGGCCAAGAAGGAGCAGUCCCCAGCUCUGGUCACCCAGCCCUUGCGGGUGGUCCUCCUGGGCUGUCUCCUGGAGGCGGUGACUACCAGGAUGCAAUCCCUGCAGGAUCCAACGCUACAUGCCAAAGCACAAGCGGCCAAACUGGUCAAUCCAGCAGGCGACUUUCACUACAUGAUGUGGGACGAUGCGGAGAAGAUAUACCAGAACAAGGACGAUCGCGAAUCGAUCCCCACGAAAACGGUACUCGAGGACAUCGCGACCCUGCAGAGGCUGAUCCUCCAGCCACGAGUGGUAGGACGCUUUCAUGCCCAACGGAAGCUUGCGCCGGACAUGCAGGGGGAAGUGGUGCCAUUCGUACUGGAGAUUGGCCUACGCAACCAAGCCUCACACGAAGUCUACUUUCUGCUGGACAAGUACUGCCACCAAGCAAUCUGGCACCUGGCAGGCACGUCCCUGAGGCACGACAAACUGGGACGCGGAGCGUUGGCCAAUGCGCUGGAGAAGCUUGCAGAGAAGCUUUGA